ACCGGGAACAAUUACAAGUACUCGAUCUCAUUCAGAAGAUCGCCAAACAAAAUUCGCUGAAGCUAUUUCGUAACAAUCGAUCUAAAUUAAAACAGCCCAAUCGUCACGGUGCAAUUGUCUGAUUUGUCUGUAUAAAAGAUAGUUAAAUUUGGUUCUCUGUAUUAUGUUAUCCUGAAGCACUGACACGUAUUACUGUUUUUAGGCGUCAGAGGAAAUACUGCUGAUAUUGUCUACAAUUGAGAAUAUUACCCUCUACAACCUUCACGAUGAGUACUGCAGUUACGUUAAGGAAUGGAGUAGAAACUAAUAAUGCUAUGGCGAAGCGAAGGAAACUCGAGGACACAUUCUCAAACAAAAGUAAGAAACCAGUGGAAAAAGGUCACAAAGCAAACGGUGAGAGGGACUCAAUCAAAGACAAGUGCGGUCUCAAGAAAAACCAAUUUGGAGAUCUGUCAAACGGCUUUAUGAGCAAUGGGGACUGGAGAAAACGAUGGGACAAAGGACAGACAAAAUUCCAUAAGCCAACAUAUAACGACAUUCUUUUGAGUUACUAUGAUGCAAUGGUCAAUGGCAAAACAAAAUGCAGAGUUUUUGUUCCUCUUUGUGGAAAAUCUGUGGACAUGAAAUGGUUACUAGAUAAGGGUCAUUCUGUCGUCGGGUGUGAACUAGUGGAGCUGGGGGUCCAGCAAUUCUUCAGGGAACAAGAUAUAGAAUAUAUAGUUGAAACAAUUCCAAGUCUUACAAAUGGCAAACUUUAUAAGGGUGUAAAACACGACAUACGCAUUUAUACCUGUGAUUUCUUUGAACUGAAUUCAACUACGACUGAAGGUAAAUUUGACUGCGUUUGGGACCGUGGAUCAUUAGCUGCCAUUAAUCCGUCCGAUCGCAGUCGGUAUCAUGACGUCAUAUUGGAUUUAUUAGAUGAGAACGGUCGCUAUCUAUUGGAUGUAUUUGAAGUCGACCAUACGAAUUUUGCGGGACCUCCAAACAGUUUCGUCAAAGAAGAUCUUCAUAAUUUAUUCGCGGAAAGAUGCAAUGUAGAAGACCUAAAAACACGAGAUGCCAUGAACCCUUGGGCAAAAUCAUGGGGUGUCGAAUAUUUUAUCGAAUGUGUCUAUAUGAUUUCGUUUAAAUAGUUUACCAUACAUCUCCACAUUAGGUCUAACAAACUAGCUGAAAAUCAUAGUGUAAUGUUUAACUAAAUUAUAGAUAUUUUAAAUAGGAGAAACUGAAACAGUAACAAUAUGGUAUAGAUGUACACCUAUUUUGAGUACUAGUAUUACACUUCUCUGUAUACUAAUUGUUAAAUUAUGUUAAUUUAUGCUUAUCAACCAUGCAUAAUUCCAAAUUAAUGGCGUGUGUUGUCUAAAGUCCACAUGUACAAAUUUAUUAAUAAUUCGUCACAUUUUGGACAUAAUAAAGUGCAUUAGAGUAGGGCGAUAUUUUAAGGAUUUGGAUUCAAUAAUGAUUUAAUUAUUUAAACAUAAUUUUGCUAUUAAUUUAUUUAUUGAAUUUUGAUAUUGUACUUUCUAAUACGAUAAUAAGGUAAAUUCAAGGAUACAUAUGAUACAAAAAUACUUAACGAUUGACGCACACAUUCUCAAAACGAAACUUUUAUGUGAACAGUUUGUCGUCAGAAAUUUGCCCUAUUUUUACAUAAACGACGUCUGAACGAAAUAUACCGACGGGAUUGAUGUCUGUAGGGGGUGUAGUCGGGAUAAAAAUAAAACUGCAUAGCUAUAAUCACGUGUGAUGGUCUGCAAAACACUCUGCACUGAAAACAACACACAGCUCCAUGAAUUUGCGAAAAAUAGCAAAAUGCGGGUCUCGGCUAAUGUUAAAAUUGAUUAGUGUUGCCAAGACAUUAUCCCAAGAGAUUAACAUGAACUUCCUUAGUGGAGUAAGCCUAGAGACACAGGUAAACGCACUUGAGCAACUUCAUAGAACAGUUUGCAGCAAGCGUAUUAAACCUACCAAAAAAAAAAUACUAUGGUUUUCUUUAAAAAUGAGUUCAUAGUCUUAAAAGCAUUAAGUAAGUUGAUGUUUUCAAUGUAAAGUUUUUACUAUGUAAAUGUAGAUAUUGUUAGGAAAUUUACUACGAGUCCAUUGUAACAGUACUGUAUUUUGAAGCAUAUUUGAACAAAUUGACAUUUGUUUUGAUAAGAAUUCAGGUUGAAGAAUGUAUGUAGCGCAGUAUGUUUCAUGGCAAGUUGUACAAAUAUAUGUAAUCAAUACAUUA